AUGCCGCCGCGGCGCAGCAUCGUGGAGGUGAAGGUGCUGGACGUGCAGAAGCGGCGGGUGCCCAACAAGCAUUAUGUCUACAUCAUCCGGGUCACGUGGUCCAGUGGCUCCACAGAGGCCAUUUACCGGCGCUACAGCAAGUUCUUCGAUCUCCAGAUGCAGAUGUUGGACAAAUUUCCCAUGGAAGGAGGACAGAAGGACCCCAAACAGCGGAUCAUUCCCUUUCUCCCCGGCAAAAUUCUCUUCCGACGAAGCCACAUUCGGGACGUGGCGGUCAAGCGCCUGAUACCGAUAGACGAAUACUGUAAGGCCCUGAUCCAGCUGCCGCCGUAUAUCUCCCAGUGUGAUGAGGUGCUGCAGUUCUUUGAAACAAGACCGGAGGACCUGAAUCCCCCCAAAGAGGAACAUGUUGGGAAAAAGAAAUCUGGGAGCGACCUGACCUCAGUGGACCCCAUGGUCUUGGAGCAGUAUGUGGUGGUGGCGGACUACCAGAAGCAGGAGAGCUCGGAGAUCAGCCUCAGCGUGGGGCAAGUGGUGGACAUCAUCGAGAAGAACGAGUCAGGUUGGUGGUUCGUGAGCACUGCUGAAGAGCAAGGCUGGGUCCCUGCAACCUGCCUGGAAGGGCAGGAUGGAGUGCAAGAUGAGUUCUCCCUGCAGCCUGAAGAAGUCUCAUGGAGGUACUGGUCUCUGCCCCAGCCCGCGGGUCACCGCCGGAUGCUGGGGGACUUGUAUGCCGUCAGCUGGCGUCAAGAAGAGAAGUACACAGUCAUCUACCCCUACACAGCCCGUGACCAAGAUGAAAUGAACCUGGAGAGAGGAGCUGUGGUGGAGGUCAUCCAGAAAAACCUGGAAGGCUGGUGGAAGAUCAGGUAUCAGGGCAAAGAGGGCUGGGCCCCAGCCUCCUACCUGAGGAAGAGCAGUGGGGAACCCUUACCCCCGAAGCUGGGCCCUGGCUCACCCGCCCACGUGGGCGUCCUGGAGCUCGAUGGUGUCUCCCGGCAGCAGAACUCGGUGGGCCGGGAGAAGGAGCUGCUCAACAACCAGAGGGAUGGCCGGUUUGAGGGCCGCCCUGCGCCCGACAGUGACAUCAAGCAGAGAUCACCCAAGAUGAGGCAGAGACCCCCUCCUCGCCGGGAUAUGACCAUACCUCGAGGUCUCAACCUGCCCAAGCCUCCCAUCCCACCUCAAGUGGAGGAAGAGUAUUACACCAUUGCUGAAUUCCAGACGACCAUCCCUGAUGGCAUCAGCUUCCAGGCGGGCCUGAAGGUUGAAGUGAUCGAGAAGAACUUAAGCGGCUGGUGGUACAUUCAGAUCGAAGAUAAGGAGGGAUGGGCCCCAGCGACCUUCAUUGACAAGUAUAAGAAGACUAGCAAUGCCUCAAGACCCAACUUCCUGGCUCCCUUGCCCAACGAGGUGGCGCAGCUCCGGCUGGGGGACGCGGCAGCAACGGAGAACAGUUCAGGCAGUGAAGCCGGCGGCCCAUCCCGGCCCCUGCCCGACGCCCCGCACGGCGUGGGGGACUCCGGGAUGCCGUGGGCCAAAGACUGGAAGGGUGGAAAGGAGAUGCUGAGGAAGGCAUCUUCAGACACAUCUUCGUGUGCAGGCUACGAGGAGAUUUCAGACCCCGACCUGGAGGAGAAACCCAGCCUCCCUCCCCGGAAAGAAUCCAUCAUCAAGUCGGAAGGGGAACUGCAGGAGCGGCAGAGGAUGGAGCAGCUCAGGGGUUCUUCACCCAAGCCACCUGGCGUGAUCUUGCCAAUGAUCCCAGCCAAACACGCCCCGCCGGCCCGGGACAGCAGGAAAGCGGAGCCCAAACCUGAGAAAAGCAAGCUGUUCCAGCCGAAAAACGAGACGGGGCUUGAGUGCGGCCACAGAGUGUUGGCCAAGGAAGUGAAGAAGCCCAGCCUGCGACCUGUCUCCAGAUCCAAAGCUGGCCUGCCGGAGGAGAAGCCGGAAGCCGUUCCUCAGAACCUUUUCUUGAAGUCCAAACCUCAGGUUAGGCCAAAACCAGCUCCUUCCCCCAGGACAGAGCCACCUCAGGGCGAAGACCCAGUGGACAUCUGUAACCUCCGGAGCAAGCUCAGGCCCGCCAAGUCCCAGGAGAAGGCCUCUGUAGAUGGAGAGAGCAGCCUCCAGGCAGGAGGAGGCCAGGAUGGGGCCUUCAGUCGUGGCUUCCCUCCAGGGGAGGGGCCUGGCCGUGCCCAGGACAGGACAAGCAAGCAGGAGGGGCCCAGCCCAAAGGAGGCGCCCUGCAGAGCCCCUCCAAGGCCAGCCAAGACUGCCGAUCCUGUGCCUAAGGGUGCACCAGUCCCUCUCCAAGAGGCUUCCCUCCAGAGACCUGUGGUCCCGCCUCGGAGACCACCACCCCCCAAGAAAACCUCUUCAUCGUCUAGGCCCCUUCCAGAGGUCAGAGGUCCACUUCCAGAGGUCAGAGGGCCCCUUCCAGAGGUCAGAGGGCCCCUUCCAGAGGUCAGAGGGCCGCAGCGGGAGAGCAGCGAAGGCAAGGCAGCUCCUGCCCCAGGCCGGGCCCUGCUUGUCCCCCCGAAAGCCAAACCUUUUCUCUCCAACUCCUCAGGGGGCCAGGAUGACAUGCGAGGCAAAGGUGGGCUGGGGCCACGGAUGAUGGGCAAGACGGGAGAAAACAAGGAGAAAGUGGCUGCAGGCCCCUUCCCCAGCACCGACGGCCCGAAGGACUUGUACGUGGCCGUGGCCAACUUUGAAGGAGACCAAGAUACCAGCAGCUUCCAGGAGGGAACAGUGUUUGAGGUCCGGGAAAAGAACAGCAACGGCUGGUGGUUCUGCCAGGUCCAGAGCGGGGCCCCAUCCUGGGAAGGGUGGAUUCCUUCCAACUAUCUCAGAAAGAAGCCCUAGCCGCCUCCUCUCCUGCCUGGAGGUCUUGCGCGUCCCUGCUGGCUUUACCCACAUAUUUAAUAUGCCUCUUAAUUUAUCAUCCUCCAUGCAACAUCAAAGGAAGGAAGAAUGGAAUACUGUGGUUUCUUCCAGGGGUGGAGAGUGAUUCCUCCCAUCAUAGCAUCCCCUGGAGGCUUCGAGGCCACACCCCUUUCUCUCGACUCAACAUCCCUGCCUUAAGGCCAGUGGCAUUGCCACCCAGCAGCUUGCUGCCCACCCAGCAGUGGGACCCUGACUCUCUGAGGCUUCAGGGACCAGAACCCAUCAUCUGGAGAAACUGCAGAAAGGGUUUCUCGUUGCCCGGAUCAGACAGAGUCCUAAGAACAUCCCCAGCUUCCUACCCAGUUCAUUCAUGUCCAGCGACUUGAUUCACUUGCUUCCCAAAUGCCUGGUCCCAGAAAGAACUUUCUCGUGUAGAAGUCGGCUCCGUUGCUGAUUCCAGGGAGGUGCCCUCUACCCCAAGGCCUCAGGUCCCCGGGCCUCUCAGGUUCAAGCAGAUGCAGCUGCCCCAGGCAUGAGGCCUGGAGGCCCACCCAGCCAUCCUCCCUUCUGUGCUGGGACCCUGAUCGGUUCUAGAGGAGUGCGGCCAGCUGCAGGCACGCUUCACUUUCCUGCUGCAGACUCUGGUCCAACCCAAAGCAUUUAAACAAGAGUCCCCAGUCUGCUUUUGGGGGGGCCUUUCACUUCUGCCUCCCUAGUGCAAGAAUCUCAAAGUUUGUUUGAGAAAGGGGACCCUUCACAGGGCACACCCCCUGUGAACUCCUCUUUGCUGAGUAGCUAAUUUGUGCCAAACACUGUACUUGGCACUUUCCCUUCAUGUGGAGCCCUCUCAAUAGCCCUCUCUGAUCCAGUGUACCUGUUUUAUAGAUGUGAAACUGGGGUUCGGAAGGGCACACUAGCUGGGAAGAGGAGGGAAGGGGGUGUGAGUCU